AUGUUACGUGUUAGGAGAGAGAUUCCCGCAUCUCGGGGUGAAUUCAUCUCUCUCGGAGCGGUAGGAUGGGUCCACAAAAUCAACGAUCGUAUCGCGUUGAAAUCGCCACGGGACGAGGAUUGCGACAAAUUCGCCCACGAAAACAAAUUCUAUGACAUACUGGAGUUGCACUCUCCAUGUCCAGACCUUCCUCAAAGUUUCUUAAGGGUUCCAACGGGCAACUUCCUCGCAUUCUACAGCGGUGGCACUCUGGAUGAACGUCUGCGUAAGCAUCAGAUCCGGGACGAAGGUCCACAUGGAGGUAGUCUCAUGGAAGUCAAAAAAAGAGAGCCGAUUUCCCUUGUCGAGCGAUGGAUCAUGGAACUUUCGAGUGCGGCUGCAUGGCUUGAAUCUCUCGGAUAUGUCCACACAGACAUCCGACCGCCCAAUCUACUUCUUGACAGUCACGAGCAUCUCAAGCUCACGGAUUUUGAUUCUGUUCAGGAGCUCGGGACACGUGCAGAAGGAAGCGCGUCUCCGUGGGCGCGUGUGCUCGGCACUGAGGCUGGCGACGAGCGUGGAUAA